AUGGCACACACCGACACCCAGGUGUGUGAUGAGAAGCCCACAGGCACAGCUCUUGCGAUGCUUGUGGCUUUUAGUUCCUGGCACUGGUUGCCGCUGGUGAUGGUCCCUACAUGUUUGGAAGCAUCAUCGUAUGUGAACGAGUCCUCAAAUUCCACCCAGCAGGCACCCGACGCUCAGUUUGCUGCUUCCAGCUCAGACCCGGAUGCAAGGAUAUCUGUUUUUGAGCUGGAUUAUGACUACGUUCAAAUUCCUUGUGAAGUCACACUCUGGAUACUGCUGGCAUCCCUCGCGAAGAUUGGGUUCCACCUGUACCGCAGGCUGCCCCACCUCAUGCCCGAGAGCUGCCUGCUCCUCGCGGUGGGCGCGCUGGUGGGCGGCGUCAUCUCCGGCACCCACCACCAGUCGCCUCCGGUCAUGGACUCCAGCAUCUACUUCCUGUACCUCCUGCCGCCCAUCGUGCUGGAGAGCGGCUACUUCAUGCCCACGCGGCCGUUCUUUGAGAACAUCGGCUCCAUCCUGUGGUGGGCAGGCCUGGGCGCGCUGGUCAACGCCUUCGGCAUCGGGCUGUCCCUGUACUUGGUCUGCCAGGUCGGGGCCUUCGGCCUGGGCGACGUCACGCUGCUGCAGAGCCUGCUCUUCGGGAGCCUGAUCUCGGCCGUGGACCCGGUGGCCGUGCUGGCGGUGUUCGAGGAGGCGCGCGUGAACGAGCCGCUCUACAUGAUGAUCUUCGGGGAGGCCCUGCUCAACGACGGCAUCAGCGUGGUCUUAUACAACAUCCUGAUCGCCUUCACCAAGAUGCACAAAUUUGAGGACAUAGAAGCUGUGGACAUUUUGGCUGGGUGCGCCAGAUUUGUCAUCGUGGGGUGCGGGGGAGUGUUUUUCGGGGUCAUUUUUGGCUUCAUUUCUGCAUUCAUUACACGUUUCACUCAGAACAUCUCCGCGAUCGAGCCGCUCAUUGUCUUCAUGUUCAGCUACCUGUCUUACCUAGUGGCAGAGACACUCUACCUGUCCGGCAUCCUGGCUAUCACGGCGUGUGCGGUAACAAUGAAAAAGUACGUGGAAGAGAAUGUGUCCCAGAAGUCCUACACGACCAUCAAGUACUUCAUGAAGAUGCUGAGCAGUGUCAGCGAGACCCUGAUCUUCAUCUUUAUGGGCGUGUCCACCGUGGGGAAGGACCAUGAGUGGAACUGGGCGUUCAUCUGUUUCACUCUGCUCUUCUGCCAGAUCUGGAGAGCCAUCAGCGUAUUUACUCUCUUCUAUGUCAGUAACCAGUUUCGGACCUUUCCCUUCUCCAUCAAGGACCAGUUCAUAAUAUUCUACAGCGGUGUGAGAGGGGCUGGAAGCUUCUCACUUGCGUUUUUGCUGCCUCUGUCCCUUUUCCCUAGGAAGAAGUUAUUUGUUACUGCUACAUUAGUAGUUACAUACUUUACCGUAUUUUUUCAGGGGAUCACAAUUGGCCCACUGGUCAGGUACCUGGAUGUUAGAAAGACCAAUAAAAAAGAAUCCAUCAACGAAGAGCUCCACAUCCGUCUCAUGGAUCAUUUGAAAGCUGGGAUUGAAGAUGUAUGUGGACAAUGGAGUCAGUACCAAGUGAGAGACAAGUUCAAGAAGUUUGAUCAAAGAUAUUUACGGAAAAUUCUAAUCCGGAAGAACCUGCCUAAAUCAAGCAUUGUCUCUUUGUAUAAGAAGCUGGAGAUGAAACAGGCCAUUGAGAUGGUAGAGACUGGGAUACUGAACUCUGCAGUGUUCCCCACAUCCUAUCAGCCUGAAAGGAAACAGGGCACUAAGAGGCUUUCACCUGAAGACGUGGAGUCCAUGCGAGACAUUCUGACAAGAAACAUGUACCAAGUCCGACAAAGAACCCUGUCCUACAACAAAUACAGCCUCAAACCCCAAACAAGCGAGAAGCAGGCCAAAGAGAUUCUGAUCCGGCGCCAGAACACCCUGAGGGAGAGCCUGCGGAAAGGCCAGAGCCUGCCCUGGGGAAAGCCGGCAGGCACCAAGAACUUUCGCUACCUCUCCUUCCCCUACAGCAAUCCUCAGUCAGCAAGGAGAGAGGGAUGGGCAGCUGAAUCCACAGAUGAGGAGGGCGUUGAGGCGGGAUCCCGGCCCUUGAUGUUCAGUGCGCAGGCCCGAGCAGGGUCCCUUCAGGAAAAUCGACAGUUGCAGGCAGCGGUCCUGAUGAAGAGGCUGCCGGGAGGACAGAAGGCACAUAGCUUCAGCCCCCGAAGCAGCUGGGAGGAGCAAGCUGGAUGGCGCCGGACAGACACCAUCCGGCCCAGGCCGCUGUUCCAUGCCGUAGAUGAGGAGUACGAGUCCGGAGAGCAGACGGAGGACGAGACCUCAGCAGUGGGCUCCGGAUGGACAGCCGAACACACACAUGGCAGAGAGCACUACAAAUCCCACAGCCCUUUGCUCCACAGAAAAUAA